GUUUUUCCGUGGUAGUUCAACGAAUACAUUGGUGACUAGUUUUAACAAAGAGGUUAUACUUUUGAUAGAUUCGCUUCAACAUCCAUACUAUGACAUUGUGUUAUCUAUGCACAUAUUCUUUUAAUAAUAUUUCUAUGGCCUAGAUCUUUGACAGAGUUUAGCACUUGAAACUUGUAAGUUGUCAUUGCUGAGUGUCACUUUUGAGGUUUUGUUUAAUUUCUCAAAGCUGUUCAUUUUACGAACCAUUCAUCCCUUUUAUUUACACAUUCAUAAUAUUAUUCUUUCUUACAACAUAUUUAGCUUUAUAAAGAUAUUUAAAUUUAUAUUGAUGAAAUGAAGGAGAUUUAUAUAUUUUGAAAAAUGUGUUAUUUUACAACUAUAAAGUUCUAGUUUUAACAUCGAAUAAUUUUACAAAUGCCCUGUUGUAAUAGAUAAUGGAUCCAAGAAUGUGCAGAAAAAUUAGUAGCAGUGAAAGUCUUCCAGAUGUAGACCAUGAGGAAUUUGAAGUAUCAAAUAUCAUCGCACCGCAAGAAAGCGAGGAUAAUUUUCUUUUGGAGGGCAGCCCAGAACCACAAACCGUGACCUGGCUUGACGACGAUCAAAUUGAUGAUCUUAAUUUAGACCAAACUAACCUAUUUUUUCAUAGAGUUGAUAGUGCUGAUAUAAUUUAUAGAAGCAAGAAAAAAAAGUGUAAAUUGGUAGGCAAAUAUGUAAUGGGUGAUAUAUUAGGGGAAGGUUCCUAUGGAAAAGUUAAAGAAAUGUUAGAUUCUGAGACUUUGUGUAGGCGUGCUGUUAAGAUAUUAAAGAAAAGAAAGUUGCGGAGGAUCCCGAAUGGUGAACAAAAUGUUCAGAGAGAGAUUCAAUUGUUGCGAAUACUUAGGCAUAAAAAUGUGAUAGAACUAGUCGAUGUUAUGUACAAUGAUGAAAAGCAGAAGAUGUAUCUAGUUAUGGAGUUUUGUGUUGGAGUUCUUCAAGAUAUGUUAGAAUCAAGUCCUGGAAAAAAGUUUCCCCAGCAUCAAGCACAUGAAUAUUUUACUCAGCUCCUUGAUGGCUUAGAAUAUUUACAUGGACAAGGUGUGGUGCAUAAAGACAUUAAGCCAGGAAAUCUGCUUUUAACACUGGACCAAACAUUAAAGAUAACUGAUUUUGGAGUUGCAGAGGCUUUGGAUAUGUUCUCACCACAAGACACAUGCUAUACAGGACAAGGUUCACCAGCCUUUCAACCUCCAGAAAUUGCGAAUGGUGCCGAGACCUUUUCAGGCACCAAAGUUGAUAUAUGGAGUAGUGGUGUCACAUUAUACAACAUGACAACAGGGCGGUAUCCGUUCGAGGGCGACAACGUGUAUCGGUUGCUGGAGGCCAUCGGGAGGGCUGAACCGCUUCCUCCGCCCACGUGCGUCGGAAGCUCCCUCUCCGCCCUCUUGGUGCACAUGCUCAAGAGGGACCCGGACCUGAGGCCCACCGUGCAGCAGAUCAGGCGGCACGACUGGGUGCGGUCGAUCCCGCCCCUGGGGCCGGGCGAGAGGAUGGUGCAGCCUCGCUCCCGCAAGUCGGACGAGUUGCACAGCUCCACCGUCGUCCCUUACCUCGUCGAGAGGCAUUACGUGUCCGCGCAGGAGUACUUCACCGAGAGAGAUCUGAGACACGAGUUGGGCGGCGGCGGUUCCGGGAGCCUCUCGACGGCGGAGCUGUCGGAGGGCGGGUCCGGGCAGGCCAAGAGGCGCUGGCACUCGUCGUGCGGGCGUCUGCCCUCGUGCCGCCUCACGUGAUGGUACUCCGAAGUGCGUCGGGUUCGCUUGUGUUUUCUUAGCGAUUACUAAAUUUUUGUUUGACGACUCUCGUCCGGCCAGUGUUUUGAACGUUUUUGAAGUUAAUCGCGAACGUCCGGCGCCGGACGUCGAGUACCUUCAGAGAACUGAAGAUUUCAUUUAGGAAUUAAAAAUUCUGUCGAAUGUAUGUGUAUUGUAAAAAGGUUGGAAUCGUGUCGACCCUGCAAUUGAUUAAUUUUUGAAAAUCUUGAGUCGCGGCGACCGUGUCCGCGGUCGAGAGACGAAUGAGCCCGUUUCAUUUCGUCGGCAGAUCGUUGAAGUCGCAUUUCGCUUCAUCGUUCGUAUUUUGCCGAGGAGUCCCACCGAUGCUACCAAUUCAUGUUUUUGUAAAUAUCUAGUUCAAUUUAGAAAAGAAAAAAUCGGAUUCAUUUCGGGCGAAAUCUCCACGUUAAAAAAGUUGGCGUUCGCUCGCUCAUUCGUGAAUAUUGUAUUUUGUGAAGAGUUAUUUAGAAGACACGAUGAUGUUUAGGUAUAAUCUCUGUCCGCGAUCUACUUACCGCUACUUAUAAUAAAUUAGACAAUAAUAAAGUAUUGCAUAGUUUAAUCGAUCGAUCGUUGCUAUUGUGAUCGGCCAAUUUCAAUAAGACUGACGUUAAACUGUUCUUAGUUUUGCUAAUUAAAAUAUUGUUAUUGGAAUUGGCCAAACAGUAGUGAAAUGCGACUUCCACAAAAUUGCCGCUUUGCAAUAAUUGUAUAUUUUUAGAUUCGACACUUUGUAUUUAAAUUACGCGUUUCGACCUCAAUCGAAAAAAUAUUCACGGUUUAUUCAGUUUAAAUAAUUGUUGUUAUCUUAUUAUUAAAUGUAUUUUGUGUAUGUAUAGAAUUCUAAAGUACAAGUUUGCAAUCACUUCCUUUGAGGUAGAUAAGAAAAAUAUCUUAACUCGAAAAGGAUCCUUUCUCCUGUUAAGAUAUUUUCAACCGUUAAUUUAACGCCACCAAAGUAGUCGGUAUUAAUAUAACAAUUUCAGUGGUUUUUUGAGGAUAUUUCAUUUAUACCGCCGAUCGGGACGGUCCGAGAAGCCUUCUAAGAUUGGUACACUGAAUUUCAAACAAUAAGAAUAUUAAAUUUGGUAACAAUAAAUUAAUAAACCGUUACGAAAAUAGAUUCAAUACUUUGUUUUUGAGACUCGCAUUUCAUAUCAGUUUGCAUGUACUCGGGCCUCACUUUUAUAUAUAUUUUUAUAUUACCUUUGUAAGAAUAUCUUUUCCGGUGAGCAGCCGUUUCAAGAAAUUAAAAGAAUUUAUUGUGAACGUUGCCAUUUCCGCCCACGAUAAAUGACGAACCGAAUGGCGUAAUUAUUGAAAAAGGUCCUGCGACGGACUCCCGAUUAACACAAACAAUGAACGUGAAUUUCUAUCGAAUUUUAAUUCACACAAUAAUUACGCAAUUCCGUUGGUUGUUUUGUCGAAUGUGGCAUUUCGCUGGUAUGAGCGGAUCACUGGUUAUCCGAAUAUAUUGUAUUUCUAAUGUCGAUAAUAAAAACAUGUUGUCGGCUGAAUUGUGCAAUAAAUUGAUAUUUCAGGUGAAGGUUUUUACUGCAAACCGUUCCGAUACGCGUUUACAAAGAUAGUAGUCCUGUUUACCUCUUAUUAAAUGAAAAAGUGAGGACUUUUCGUUUAUAAAGCCACCUAUUUUGAAAAAUCUUUUUCAAUUCCGUUAACGAAAUAACUGUUAGAUUAGAUUCAUAAAAUAUACACUUUUAUUGGUGGGAUGGGGAAUUCGUCGUUUUUAAAACGGGCGUCUUUCGGCAAUUACUUUUGAGAUUAUUGCGCAGAUCUCCUUUCGCCAAAGGCGUAGUUAAACUCUUAGUUGAUAAAUAGUUGUAGUGAAUGAUGAAAAGUGAGGUCCCGCGUUCCCUUAUUUGUUCUGCUUCUAACUCAUUUGUGCCUGAACUGAUGUUGAGCAAUGUUUAACAGAAUAAAAGAGAAUAUUAAUAUAUUGUAAAUAAAAUAUCUAAAUAACA